GUGUCGAACGAAGUGGAGGAUACUUGCUAGUGCCAUUCUUCUUUCACGUUAUCAAGGUGGGAAGCCCGCGAGUAGGCAGAAAUUCGAUAAACCGCGACGCGUGAAUUUCUCGAGAGAAUAAAACAUAAUUAAAGCAGCAUGGUUUGAGGCUAUUGAAUUUAUUCGUCAUCGAGUCAUUAUUUCGACGUAUAUCUGAAAAUGAAUGAAUUGGAGAAGAGUUGCGAGGCAAAUGAAGUUUUUCUCGGCCAAGGAGAUGGUUUGAUGCGCGUUGAAAAUUUGACAAAAUGUAAAAAUGCUGUUUGUAUGAUACACUGCGAAACGAGAUGUCUUCAAACAGGCAAAAAGAUUUUGAGAAAAGGCUCUGGAUUUUAUGUCAAAGCUAAAAUAUUCAACACUGCAUACAAAUGUGUUAUCACAAAUCACCACGUUGUGAGCUGUGAAAAAGAUGCGAAAAGCUCCAUCGCAAUUUUUCACUAUGAAAGAGAGAACAAAGGUUGUCCAGUUCAAUUGCGACCAGACAAAAUUUUUCGUACAAACCAGUAUCUUGAUUACUCAGUUAUUGGCAUUGAUGAAAAUGAACUUGCUGCACUGUCAUCUUCGAUUGCUCCCAUUGAAUACGUUGAGCAACUUCCAGCAAACAUUGAUGAUCAAGUAUUUAUAUUUCAACAUCCUCGGGGAAUGCCAAAACAAUUUAGCCACGAGAAGAUUAUCCGUAUUGACCCGCCCUUUGUAUAUUAUGUCGCAGAUACAAAUUGUGGAUCAUCUGGGUCACCUGUGCUAUGGAAACUGCAGCUGUUAGCUAUUCACCUUUUGGGCAAUCAACAACAUGGUUAUAACAAAGGGACGUUAUUUGAUGCAAUUAUAAAUGAUUUAUGUAAUGGAUGGAACUACGAUAAUCACCCCAAGAGAAGUAGAAGUCCAUGUGAGAUUGACGAAAACUCUGUUAAAAAGAAAUGUGUUAAUGGGUUUGAUGAUGCUAAUAAACACCUUCCUGUUCUUGACGACAUCUUUCUAGACAAACUGUCUAAAAAAUGUCAGUCAUUUUACAAACACCUUGGUCGCAGACUUAAAGUUGACUCAGACGAAAUUGAGGAAAUUAGUAGUGAUCAUGUUAACUACAGAACCUCUAGUGAAAAAUGUUUCCAAAUAUUCAAAAGGUGGCAAGAUUCAGAGUCAAGUGAGUUCAAUUGUGAAGUUUUAGAGAAUGCGCUGAGGAGCCUUGACAAAAAUGCAGUGGCAAAUAUGUUUUUUGGUAAGAAAUGAUGUACUUGACACUGUAUAUAAAAGGGAAUUCUGUACAUAUUUAUCUAUACUUUCGUACAUUUAUAACAUAUGUACGUUUAUAUAAUAUAACGUACACACAUACUUAAGGACUUCAAGGUUUCAUUUAAAACAUUUUAACAUUCCAAAUGUUACACUAUUUUAAAAAUACAUAAGAGUUGAUGUUUCACAUCAACUCUUAUUCCAUUCUAAGUGCAAGCAAAGUUCAUAUGUUCAUUAUGCUUCUAAAGCUCAUUAAUUUAAAUAUAUAUAUUUCAUUACUGUG